AUGGCGGCGCCGGCGAACUUGCCCGAGGGCAUCAUUUCUCUCUUGGAUACCGACUUGUACAAAUUGACUAUGCAAUGCUGCAUACUAAAGUUCUUCCCGGAUGUGUCAGUCACGUACAGCUUCACGAACCGCACUCCCGAUAAGAAGCUCAGUCGCGCCGCCUUCAAGUGGCUGCAAGCUCAAGUAGAUAAGCUUGAGAACGUAGCUGUCUCCGACGAGGAACUCAAAUUCCUCAAAGACAACUGCCCUUAUCUAAAUGCGCAAUACCUACACUUUCUCUCCACAUUCCGCCUCAAGCCCUCGAAACAACUCAAACUGUCCUUUGAGCCUGCGAGCGACACCGGUUCGGACAGCGAUCAAGGCGACUUCUACAUCCAUACAGAGGGCCUAUGGCUAGACACCAUCUUGUAUGAGAUUCCCUUACUGGCCCUUGUCAGUGAGGCAUAUUUCAAGUUUGUCGAGACGGAUUGGAGUCACCAAGGACAAGUUGAAAAAGCUUAUGAGAAAGGGAGAGCGCUAUUGGAAAAAGGCUGCAUCUUCUCCGAGUUUGGCUCGAGAAGACGGCGUGAUUACCACACUCAAGAUCUUGUCCUACAAGGCUUGCGGCGCGCGGUAGAUGAGGGGACAAAAGCAGGAUGGAAAGGCAAACUCUCGGGGACAAGUAAUGUUCACUUUGCCAUGAAGCAUGGACUUGUCCCCAUCGGCACGGUUGCGCAUGAAUGGUUCAUGGGCGUAGCUGCAAUCACAAACAGCUACGAGAAUGCAAAUGAGAUUGCCCUAGAGUACUGGACAGCUACGUUUGGUGCAGGAGUCUUGAGCAUCGCACUUACCGACACGUUUGGUACACCAGCAUUCCUCCAGGCGUUCAAGAAGCAGAUUCCUCGGAUUACCACGGCUAUCCCGGGAGGCGGUACAACGCUCGCUUCAGCUGGAAACACGACCACCAGUGACGCCGUGGAAUCUCUGUCGUCGACAAAGGCGCCCAUCCAGGCACCAUACGAUGGAGACAAAGGGCCACAGCAGACGUAUGCCCAAGUCUUCACAGGCGUGCGCCAAGACUCAGGUGAUCCAUUAGAGUUCAUCAGGAUGAUGCGGGAGUUCUACGACCAGGAAGGCAUCAAGGAAAAGAAGACGAUUGUGUUUUCGGAUUCUCUAAACAUAGAGCUCUGCUUCAAGUAUAAAAAGGCGGCGGAAGAACAGGGAUUCCAGCCUACGUUUGGCGUCGGGACUUUCUUGACUAAUGAUUUCGUCGAGACAUCAACGGGAAGCAAGUCAGUACCCCUCAACAUUGUUAUCAAGAUUGCUUCUGCUGCCGGUCGCCACGCCGUUAAGAUUAGCGAUAAUGUUGGCAAGAACACUGGAGACCAGGCAACGGUCAACGAAGUCAAGCAGCGACUUGGGUAUCAAGAGAAGUCGUGGGUUGGUGGUGACGAGAAGACUCGGUGGGGCAAUGCAGACCAGACAGCCACCUAG